GAAGGGUCCGGGCCGGACAGAUGUCCGGAGCUAUCUUCACGCCUCUGGAGGGCCCAGGCGCCCUGGACGGGACAAGCGGCCACCCCCUCGUGUGCCCGCUGUGCCACGCGCAGUAUGAGCGCCCCUGCCUGCUGGACUGUUUUCACGAGUUCUGCGCCGGUUGCCUGCGUGGCCGCGCUACUGAUGGCCGCCUCGCCUGCCCUCUGUGCCAGCACCAGACGGUGGUGAAGGGCCCCAGCGGGCUCCCUCCAGUGGAUCGGCUGUUGCAGUUCCUGGUGGACAGCUCAGGGGAUGGCACCGAGGUGGUGCGCUGCGCCAACUGCGACCUGGAGUGCGGCAAGCAGGACGCGGAGACCACGUACUUCUGCAACACGUGUGGGCAGCCGCUGUGCGCGCGCUGCCGAGACGAGACGCACCGGGCACGCAUGUUCGCGAGCCACGACAUCGUGGCCUUGGGCCAGCGCAGCCGCGACGUGCUCCAGAAGUGCACGCUGCACUCCGAGCCCUAUGUCCUGUUCUCCACCGACAAGAAGUCGCUGCUGUGCAUCCGCUGCUUCCGGGACAUGCAGGGGGAGAGCCGCGUCCACUGCGUGGACCUCGAGUCAGCUUACGUCCAGGGCUGCGAGCGGCUGCAGCAGGCGGUGCUGGAGGUGAAGGCCCUGCAGACCGCCACUCGAGAAGCCAUCGAGCUGCUGCAGGCGAUGGUGGAGGAGGUGCGACGCAGCGCGGCGGAGGAGGAGGCCGCCAUCCAGGCCCUCUUCAGCAGCAUGCAGGACAAAUUGUCAGAGAGGAAAGCGCUGCUGCUGCAGGCCGUGCAGAGCCAGUAUGAAGAGAAGGACAAGGCCUUCAAGGAGCAGCUUUCCCAUUUGGCCACUCUGCUGCCCACCCUACAGGUUCACCUGGUCAUCUGCUCUUCCUUCCUCAGCUUGGCCAACAAGGCCGAGUUCCUGGACCUGGGCUACGAGCUGAUGGAGAGAUUGCAGGGCAUCGUCACGCGGCCACAUCGCCUGCGGCCGGCACAGAGCAGCAAGAUCGCCAGCGACCACCGCGCCGAGUUCGCGCGCUGCCUGGAGCCGCUACUGCUGCUGGGGCCACGCCGCGCGGCGGGUGCUGGGGGUGGCACUAGCACGCUCGCAGGGGGCUCAGGCCCCAAGGUGCUGAGGGGGCGCGGCUGCCCUUCCCCGGUAGGGAAGAUGUUGGGGUCGCCGGUCCAAAAGCCCACACUGCACCGGUCCAUCAGUACCAAGGUGCUGCUGGCGGAGGGCAACGACUCACCCUUCACGGAGCACUGCCGCCACUACGAGGACUCCUACCGGCGCCUGCAGGCAGAGAUGCAGAACCUGAAGGACCAGGUACAGGAGCUGCACCGGGACCUCACCAAGCACCAUUCGCUCAUCAAAGCUGAGAUCAUGGGCGACAUCUUACACAAGGCCCUGCAGGUGGACGCCCAGAUCGCCUCGGAGUAUGCUUCUGUGGAGGGCCUGAGAGCAGUCUUCCAGGAGAUUUGGGAGGACUCCUACCAGCGGGUGGCUAACGAACAGGAGAUAUAUGAAGCCCAGCUCCAUGACCUUCUCCAGCUGAAGCAGGAGAAUGCCUACCUGACCACCAUCACCAAGCAAAUCACGCCCUACAUCCGCUCCAUUGCCAAGGUGAAGGAGCGACUGGAGCCCAGGUUUCAGGUCCCUGUGGAUGAACCAUCAGACCAUCCACAAAACACGCAUGAUGAUGGCGUGAAUGCCGAGGCCCCGGCCAGGAGCGAUCCAGUAAGUGUUGCAGAGAAGAAGGAGAAGAACUCAGAGCUGAGAAACAGCCGAGCUCUGGGCGGCCUUGCAGAGGAGCCUCCACUGAAAAACAAAGAUGUGCCCAGACCCAGAUCAAAAAACGGGGGUGAUGCCCCCACCUGGAGGGAGCGCCCAGCUUAG